AGAUCUAUAUUUUCCUUUUCCCCCUCCCAGCCCCUUUUUCACGUUUCUUCUGUCUCGCUUCACCCCUCUCUCUCCUCUCUCUCUCUCCUCCAUUGAAGCGUACUCUGAUAUCUCCAUUAAAGCUGCUUCUAAGCUUUCUCUCCUCCAUUCAACCAGCUUUUGAGUUGAGACUAUCAUGGCGGAGCAGCCAUCUAUGGAGGGUGCCAGCACUAGUGGCGCGCCUGAUUCAACUUUGGAUCUCAACAUCAAGACUUUGGACUCUCAGAUGUAUAAUUUUCAGGUCGACAAGAAUAUGCUUGUGUCCUCAUUUAAGGGAAUUAUUGCUGAUAAAGUUGGUGUUCCUGUGGGGCAGCAACGGCUUAUAUUCAGGGGAAAGGUUUUAAAGGAUGAACACGUACUCUCUGAGUACCAUGUGGAAAGUGGGGAUACCUUGCAUUUAGUUGAAAGGCAACCAACCCAACCACAAACUUCAUCUGGUACUGGUUCUACUGAUGCUGCUGGUAACAUUGGAACUCAAGGAAUCGACGGUAGUGCUGGGCUUCCUCGGAAUCGUGUUGGUCAAAUCUCCCAUAGUGUAGUUCUUGGUACCCUCAAUGUUGGUGAUCAAGGUGAAGGAGGUGCUUCUGAUCUCAGUCGGGUUAUUGGGGCAGUGUUGAAUUCAUUAGGUGUUGGCAAUCAAACUACAAAUGCUACAUUUGGUGCUCCAAACACUGCUGCUGCAAAUCCUUCUGGCCCACUUCCUCAGGGAAAUGAUACAGAGCAAAGCCAAGGUGGCAAUGGGAGUCAAAGCCAAGCCGGCAAUCAAACACAGUUUGGGCAGCCAUUCUUGAGUCAACCAUUCCAUGUUCCCUUAGCCGGAAUCUCAAUCCCACCGCCUUCACUAAACAUGCCAAUUCCAGAUUCACUCAACACACUUUCUGAGUUUAUAAGUCGCAUGGAGGGGUUUCUCUCUCAAAAUGGAUAUCAACCCUCUGCAUCUCCAAGUGGCCUGGCAGAUCAACCAGCUACGGAAUUACCCUCGAAUUCCAGAGGAUUGCCUACACCCGAAGCAUUAAGCAUAGUUUUGAGACGUGCAGAACGGCUUCUGAGUGGUCUAGCUGCUGCAUCACUUUCUCACAUUGCAGGACGGUUGGAGCAAGAAUCUGGAUCAACUGACGCGUCUGUGAGGAGUCAGAUCCAGAGUGAGUCAGUACAAGUAGGUCUAACAAUGCAGCAUUUAGGUGCUCUUUUGCUAGAGCUUGGUCGGACCAUAUUAAUGUUGCGAAUGGGGCAGUCUCCUGCAGAGGCUGUGGUUAAUACUGGACAUGCAGUCUACAUAUCGCCAUCAGGACCUAAUCCUAUAAUGGUUCAGCCUUUUCCCCAUCAAACCAGCCCACUUUUCAGUGCUCCUGCUGUUGCUACUCCAAAUACAGGAACUUCUGUUCCAGUUGGGAUAAUUGGAAGUGCUCCCAGGCAGAUUAACAUUCACAUACAUGCUGGGACAUCACUCUCUCCAGUAGUCUCUGCGGUUGGUGCAAGAGCUGCUGGUGGAGAAGGUGCACAGGGUGAGCGUGGUGGUGUUAGUGCCUCCGGUGAUUCUGGUGCAACCCGAGUAUUCCCUGUGAGGAAUGUUAUUGCUGCUACUGUACCAUCUCGUACUGCAACUGUUGCUGUUUCCCCAAUUCCUACUACGUCACAACCUAUAGGUGUUGUUUCCACUUCCUCAUCUCCUGAUGCUGCUUCAUUUUCAUCAGUUAUUUCUCAAGUAAAUUCCCAGAUCAGAAAUCUCCUUGAAAAUAUGCGCAGAGACAAUCAGACUACUCCUGGACAGCAAGAGAAUCCUGUUGUCCCAAAUUCUGCUGCUGGAUCAGGUGGAGAUAAUGCUGAUACUACUGAUCCAUCUCAAACCAUUCAUUCUGAGAGUAGUGGGGAGGCGCAUGAAUCACACCUGGGAUCUGUAUCUGGACAACAGGCUGAAAAGGAUCUGACUGAAUGUAGGGAAAGUGUUCAAAGUGAUUCUUCAAAAUCAAAUGAGGAAUCUGCGUAUAUGGCUGAACGCUCUCCAAGUUGCAAAAGUGGAGAGCUAGCUGACAAGUCUACUGGUGCCAAAGAAGUUCCACUUGGUUUAGGUGGAGGUCUGCAGCCUAAGAGACGAAGUCGGCAAUCACAGAUGCAUCCUGUGAGUGGUGAAGCUGGAACUUCUAGUAGUCCUGAUCAGAGUCAAGAAGCUAGAAUCAGUGGCCAGCAGAUUCUUCAGUCUCUUGCUUCUCGAAGCAUUGCUGGUAGGAGUAGCUUAGCUGAUCCUGGUAGUGGGCAGACUGGGCAAGGAUUUGAGCAGUCCAUGACUGGCACGCAAACUAGUGCACAGGGCUCUGAUGGGCAGUUAGAUGUGACAGGCACCAUGUCACAGCUUCUUCAAAGUCCAGCUUUAAAUGGACUUCUGUCUGGGGUUGCUCAGCAGACAGGGGUUGGUUCUCCUGAUGUUCUGAGGAAUAUGCUACAACAGUUCACACAAAACCCAGCAAUGAGAAACACUGUCAACCAACUUGCUCAACAAGUUGAUACAGAAGAAAUGAGGAAUAUGUUUUCUGGCAUGGGGAGUGGUGAAGAUGGUACUCUUGAUUUCUCUAGUAUGAUUCAGCAAAUGAUGCCAGUUGUUUCUCAAGUUCUGGGUGGUGGUUCGGUUCAGAAUGAACAGCUGCGAAACAUGAUGCCUCAAUUGAUGCCACAGCCUAAUGAUAGAAGUUUAGAAGACACUUCAUUUCGUCCGGUAUCUCGGAAUAAUAUUCAGGAGGCGGUACAAAGGAUUGACCUUCACAGUCCAUCUCAAGAUAUAUUUCGUUCCAUGGCUCAGAAUGCUGCUGAGAUUGCUGAAACUACUGGAAGAAAUGUUAUAGAUGAAUUGUGUAGCAAUCAAGACCUUGUUAAUCAAUUUGUGGAAAUGCUUCGCUGCGAUUUGCGUCGUCAUCUUCAGGAUAAUUCUGCUUGAGGUGCGCUAGGCUUCAGUCAGUUUGUGAAAUACUGUCAAUUCCUUUUCCCCAAACAGUGGAUGUGAAUUUUGAUGUUAAUUGAAAUUUCGCUGAUGAUAUCAGUGAGAAAGUCUUUCUUUAGAAUAGCUGUUCAAAACUUAAUACAAAUUCGAGUACCAAAGUACAUGCAGCUAAUUAUAGAUGAUGUGUAUAUCCAUGAGCGGUAAUUAAAUACUAAUAUUUUGAUGAACAAUUAGCCUUUGUUGAAUUUCUAGAUGCUUUUUCCCACCAAUUCGUCUUGUUGAAGGCAUCUAUCAAGCAACACAUUGAAGGUACGGCUUGGGAUGAUUUGUUCUCAUUAAUUUAA